UUUAGACAAGUAGUCUAGGUAUUAUCAGUUGUUCCUGGAACAUGUUAGUAGUGUUUCGAACCAAAUACUCAAAGUAAUCACGUGUUUCAUACGAAGGGGCUUUUAAUAUAUAUUUAAUUUUUAAUUGAAAUGUAAAUGUUUAUACUACAAUCAUUUAAUUUUUAAUUUAUGAUUCAUUUAAAGUUAGAGCAAAAUUAAGUUGACGUUUUUUUUAAACAGAAAAAUGAAACUAUGGCUUAUAACAGUAUUAAUAACUAUCAGUAUAUAUUUGGAAUGUCAAUGCGGUUCCAUAAUCCAGUUUCCUGAUACAUCUGAAAAUUUGAUACGAUUAAAACGUCAAUCGCCAACAACAGGAUCAGAAACAUGUGAUUUUGGCGUAGACCCUAACUUAGUUACUUGUGAUUGGAAAAAUCGAAAUGGUUCAGCUUUAAAAUGGGAACUAGGAGCUGGAACACUUUCAAAUUGGUUAGGAGGUCCACCUGUUGAUGCUGGCCAAGGAGAUGAUGCAUUAAGAGGUGGAUACAUAUUUUUUGAAACAUCUUUAUUAGCUGCACCAGUUCUUCGAGUAGAUGAUAUUACUAUCAGAGAAGGACAAAAUGCUUUUAUUGAAAGCAUAGUUUUAGGAAGUACAGGAGCUGAAGGAAAAUGCAUUUCUUUUGGUUUUAAUAUUGAUGGCUUAAGUGCUGCCGGAUUAAGAGUCAUUCUUCAGCCAACUAACAAAGAAGGAAAGCCCGAUGGAUUUUUUAGAGUUUUGUGGGGUACGAAAGAUCCAACUAAUAAAAACUGGAUGAUAUCAGAAGUUCUUUACACAUACAACAAAGAGCACCAAAUUGUAUUUGAAGGGGUGGCCAAAGAUCUACCGGAUCCAUUUAGAAAAUUUCGUGGUUAUGUUGCAGUAGAUAACAUAGCUAUAAAACAAGGCUUGGAGUGUAAAGGUCACUGUACAUUCGAAGGAGGAUUUUGUGGAUGGAUAAAUGAUGAAGACGAUGAUUUCAACUGGUCUUUGGGAAGAGGAAGCAAAAAUCCAUCAACUGGACCAGCAACAGAUAGAUCCAGUUUUAUUUAUGGAGGAAUUGAGGGAGGUUACGCCUUUAUAGAUUCCACCUAUCCACGACGGCCUGGCGAUAUGGCUCGUAUAUCAAGCAUGGAAUUUGAAGCAACUGGCCCAGAUACUCCAAUGUGUUUAAGAUUUUGGACACAUAUGUAUGGAAAUGGCAUCGGUACUUUGACGGUAUCAAUAACUGAUACACGAGAAGGAAGUAACAGAGAUAUUUGGUCUCUUUCCGGAGAAGCUGGUAAUUCUUGGUAUCAAGCUGAAGUUCCAGUAGCAUCGCCUAAUCCUUUUAAAGUAACAAUUACUGCUAAAAUCGGUAAAAACAAUUUAGGAGAUAUUGCAGUUGAUGACAUUUCUUUAACACCUGGCAGUUGUCCAACCGCUCCUCAAAUCGCUGCUUCCACAUCAGGCGAUUGUACUUUUGAAGUUGACGAAUGUGGUUGGAGCAAUGUUGCGUCAAGGGAACGCUUAGAUGAUAUUGAUUGGGAGAGAACUUCUGGGGCUGCUUUAAGAAGUACUGUACAUGAUCAUACGCUAGGAAAUGAUAAGGGAUACCUAAUGACAUUAUCACGCUCUGCCCUUCAGCGACCAGGAAGUAGAGCAUGGUUCACAUCCAGAGAUUUAAAAGCAACAACAACACCACGUUGUUUAUCAUUUUGGUUUGUCAUGAAUGAGCCAUUUAUAGAUGCUACUGGACCAAGCCUUGGAGCAUUAAGCAUAUUUUUAAGGAGCACUGACAACAGUGGGGGUAUUGUUAUGAAACCGAUAUGGAGGUUGUACAAUCAUCAAGGACCUGAUUGGCAAUAUGCUCAAGCACUUAUUAAAGAUCCCAACGAUGCUAUUUUGUUUGAAGGUAUUUGGGGUUCAGGUAGAGCUAACGGAUUCAUUGCUUUUGAUGACAUAACAUUUUUUGAUGGAUCAUGCUCAACUAUGCCAGCUGGAGCUAAAGUACGUCCAGGAGAAUGUAGAUUCGAACGCGAUAUGUGCGAUUGGAUAAAUGGAACAGAUAAAUCUCCAGCUUCGUGGAGAAUGGCAACUGUAAAUAGAAGACCGGCUAAUUUACCUGACAAGACUUUUGGAUCGCCAGACGGUUACAUUUAUUACGAUUUAUUUAAUCAAAUAUUGGGCGCAAACAUGGUCAGACUAGUUUCACCUGUAAUUCCAGUUACUGAUGAGCCUCAGUUAUGUUUUUCAUUUUGGUAUGCGGCAUUUGGUGCUGGAGAAUCGGCUCUCUUACAAAUAAUGCGACAAGACAACAGCUCUGGAGACUCGCCAGCAGAAAAAAUUUGGAGUUUAGAAGCCAAAAAUAUGGAUACUACAAGACCUACAUGGAUGCCAGCUCAAGUCACUGUUGAAUCGAAUAAACCAUUCCACAUUGUAAUGGAGGGACAGGCAACUAAUGGUGGUUUUGCUAUAGAUGAUAUAACAUUCACACCUGGAUCUUGUCCAACUCGGCCAGAUAAAGCAUCACUAAAAACUCAAAAACUAAAAGUAAAAUAAAAACGACCAUAAAGUGUAUUUAGGCCAAAUUUUGUAAAUUCGAUGAUAUAUCUUAAUUAAUAAUUCUAGCAUAGUUGAAAUUAUUUAAAAAAAUUAUUUCAUCGUGAUUUUUCAGUUAUAUAAAAACAUUAAAAUAAAAAACAGAAUAAUUUUCUUUUCUUUUUAAAAAAAAACAUUUUUACAUCAAUUAUUUAUUGCUAAAAAAAGCAUCUAGUCAACAGAUUUUAAUUUAAACCGUAGAAUGUUUUACAUAACAUGAACUGAAAUCAUAAAUUAAAUUAUUUAUAUUCAAUUAUAUAUUUAAUUCAAUCUAUUCAAAUAAUGUCUAAAUUUUAAUCUACAAUUAUUUUUAAAUAGUUUUAAUUUUUUUUAAAAAUUGUAUAUCUU